AGCUGAAUGUGACUCGUGACUCCAGCAUGCAGGAAGUGAACACUGGCAUGAAGUGACUCCUAGUGGCCGUGUGGCACAAGCUGGCUGCCUUCCCCUGACUCCAGUGGCUGCUGUAGGCCUGGCCUCUCUCUGACAGGAGAAAAUUGGUGUGAAAGUCGACUAAGCGUCCUUGGAGGAGACCAGCGGGACACACCCUGCUGCUCAUGCCCGCGGCGCCCCGGCGGCCGGCGGCCGGGCAUGGACCGGCAGAGCAAGAUGGACUUCUUCCAGAAGCUGGGCUACGGCCGCGGGGACGUGCUCAGGGUGCUGGGCAAGCUGGGCGAGGGCGCGCUGGUCAACGACGUGCUGCAGGAGCUGAUCCGCACCGGCAGCCGCCCGGAGGCCCCGCAGGGCCCGGCCGCGCCCCGGCUCGUGCCCCGGGGCUCCUGCGGGGUCCCGGACGCCGCCCGGCUCGGCCUGGGGGCAGCCCCCGAAGAGGACGGCGGAGGCCCGGCCAGCUCCCUGCGACCCAUCGUGAUCGACGGCAGCAACGUGGCGAUGAGCCAUGGAAAUAAAGAAAUCUUCUCUUGCCGAGGAAUCCAGCUGGCUGUGGACUGGUUCAGGGACAGAGGACACACCUACAUCAAAGUUUUUGUCCCAUCCUGGAGGAAAGAGCCACCAAGAGCUGAUACUCCUAUAAGAGAGCAGCAUGUGCUGGAGCAGCUGGAGAGGCAGGCGGUGCUCGUGUACACCCCGUCCCGCAAGGUGCACGGCAAGCGGCUGGUCUGCUACGAUGACCGCUACAUCGUGAAGGUGGCCUACGAGCAGGACGGCGUCAUCGUCUCCAACGACAACUACCGGGACCUGCAGAGCGAGAACCCCGAGUGGAAGUGGUUCAUCGAGCAGAGGCUGCUCAUGUUCUCCUUCGUCAACGACCGGUUCAUGCCUCCUGAUGACCCCCUUGGCCGUCAUGGACCCACCCUGAGCAAUUUCCUGAGUCGGAAGCCAAAGCCCCCAGAGCCGUCCUGGCAGCACUGUCCCUACGGCAAGAAGUGCACCUACGGCAUCAAGUGCAAGUUCUACCACCCGGAGAGGCCUCACCACGCGCAGCUGGCGGUGGCCGACGAGCUCCGCGCCCAAACGUGGGUUCGUCCGGCCGCCGAGGAGCAGUGGCCACCGAGCGUCUGGGGCGGCCCCGAGGGAGCUCGGUCGGCUCCCCGCGAACCCGGUGUGCGCAGCCUCCCGCCCGCACCGCAGCCUGCGGACCCGGCCGCCCUGAGAGCGAGCUUCUCGCGGCUGGCCAUCAGCGACGCCUCUGGGCCCCUCGGGCCGCGUCCCCCACGCUCCGCCAGCGGCCUGGCGCCCGGGCCCUCGCAGUCCCCGCCCGGCCUCCCAAGCCGGCAGAGCUCGUUCGCCACUGGUGACCUUCCACUCCCGCCCGGGCCGCAGCUCCAGUCGAGGGGCAGACACCUGGGCGGGGACCUGCAGGGAGACCUGCUUCCCCAGCGCAGGCCUCCCGACGACCCGUGGGCCCACCCUCGGAGCUGCGACCGCUUUCGGAGCCGCUCGGCUUGGGUGGAGCCGACGUGGGGCGACUGCACUCUUGGGGGACCUUUGGGGUACGCGGUCGCGGACCGCGAGGGGGACGCGCGCGCCCAGGCGCGCAGCACGCUCUGUGGCGUGUUCCCGCCUGAGCUGGUGGACCGCGUGAUGGCCGAGUUCCCCUCGCUUUCCGACAUCUCGCGGCUCAUCUUCCUGGUGCAGACAUGCCAGAGUGCUGGGGGGCGGCCGGAGAACCCCUAAGGGACCUGCCCACGUCCCUGCAUAUCGUGGUCCACCUUGCCUAGCAACUUGGGCGAGUGGAUUGGUGGUUGUCCACCAGGACCCGAAUCUGCCCACUAUGGC